AUGAACAAAGUACCUCGUGUGAUGCAAUUGAGCACCAGAGGACUUCGCUCAUUGAAUGCCAGCAACUUUCCUGCUCCGUGGCCGUUUGUCAAAAAAGGCGCAUUUGGACAACGAAAGAUUGGACCGAUGAACUAUGAAAAAUUCAAAUGGCCAGGGCAAAACCGAGAGUUCCCUGAGCUAUCUCCGAAAUUCCAAAAAUUGAACCCGAGAGAACUUCACAGGUAUUCACAGUUGUUCAAUGAAGUAACAAUAUCCAUUUUACCUUUCACAGGUAUACUGGCGUCCAAGAAGAAGGAUAUCAAGAUGAUGUGACCGGAAAUUUUGUAGCCGUCAAAGAAAUGCGGAAUGAACUGAUGGUGCCAAAUUUGGACGGAUUCAAGUAUAAUAAACAUAUCUUUCACCCCUCAGAAAUAUAUUUUCAGACUUCGGCCAUAUGUUUCCUACCGUACUGAUGUACUAAUCGAAAAGAGAAGAAUUGCAUACGAAAAGAAAGUGUUGGAGAAGGGUUCCGAACGAUUAGCCGAUCUUCAUACCGUCGAAGAUGAAAGGUCGUUGACAUUUCCCAAAUUUUUAUAUAGACUUAUUUUUUUUUAGAUGGCCGCCACCAAAAAUGUCCGCAGAUACUCUCUUCGAAUUGGCGUAUGGUGAUACUGUCCGAACUGCUUACAAGAAUGGAAAGUACGCUCCCGUGACGACUUCGAAAUCCGCAAAUCACUGA